UUUGUUUGGAUGGAAGCCCACCUGCAUACCAUCUUGAUAAAGGAUCUGGAGUAGGAAUUAACAAUUGGAUAGUUCAUUUUGAGGGAGGAACAUGGUGUAAUAACGUAACGACUUGUCUCGCUCGGAAAGAAACCCGACUCGGCUCCUCCAAACUAAUGGAGAAACAGGUCGUUUUUUCUGGGAUCUUAAGCAACAACAAGAAGUCAAACCCUGUUUUUUUCAACUGGAAUCGAGUCAAGGUUCGAUAUUGUGAUGGCUCGUCGUUCACGGGCGACAUAGAAGAAGUUGACCCUAAAACGGGACUUCACUACCGUGGGGCGAAAGUCUUUGAUGCAAUAAUGGAGGACCUAUUUGCGCAAGGAAUGUCGAACGCUCAAAAUGCAAUUCUAUCAGGAUGCUCGGCUGGCGGGUUAACGUCCAUUCUUCAUUGUGAUAAAUUCUCGGCUCUUUUUCCUCCCAACACGAAAGUCAAAUGCAUUGCCGAUGCCGGUUUCUUUCUUGACGAGGAUGAUAUCAAGGGUGUUUCGCGUAUCGAGGAUUACUUCGACCAAGUUGUCACGACGCAUGGGUCGAAAGAGAAUUUACCGGGACCGUGCACAGAAAUGUUGUGGCCGAGCCUGUGUUUUUUCCCACAAAAUGUGGUGGGAUUCAUGGAGACACCACUUUUCAUUGUAAAUGCUGCUUAUGAUUCAUGGCAGAUUAAGAACAUCGUGGCACCUCGAGCUGCUGAUCCACAUGAGAAGUGGCUCGAUUGCAAGGCUGCGAUAACGAAUUGUUCGCAGGAUCAAAUCAAAAUCCUGCAAAGCUUCAGAGAAGAUCUCAUAGGCGGGGUAUAUAACGCUUUGGAUUGGUCCGAUUCGGCAGGAUGCUUCAUCAACUCUUGCUACGCGCACUGCCAAACCGAAAAACAGGAAACGUGGCUUAGUAAAGACUCUCCCCGAUUGAACCAAACGACGAUAGCUAAAGCAGUCGGAGAUUGGUAUUACGGCCGGAAGUCGGUUCGGAGUAUCGAUUGCCCGUAUCCUUGCGACAAAACGUGCUACAAUCGGACUUUUGAGCCUUCAGAAAUGUAG